AUGAUGCUCAUAUUUGAAGAUGGAGGAACAAGAUACCACAUUCCAUUUUGUCGAAGACCAGUGAUUUCAGAAUACAUUGCCUUACGAGUUUUUAACAACAAGAGCAUGCUUCGGAUUAAUUCUAGGUACCAUGUUGAUUACGAGUUAACAUUGGGUGAGUUCGACUAUAAGGCUAAUGAUGAAAAGGAACUGUUGAAGGUGGAACCGAAGCUAAGGGAACGGGUUUUGGAUGAUCAAAAGUUGCUGAAAAUAUGGACAAAACAUGGUCAGUUGGACUGGAUAGAGGAACAAGGUUGGGAAGCAGAUGUUUCGUUGCAAUCCAAUGUGGUAGUAUUUGGGAAAUUGCAAACAGAUGUACUGGUGCUGAAGAAGAGGGGACCUACGAUGGUGUAG